UUAACCCUUUCCAACUUGGUAAAUGAGUUUUGGCGGGCAAUGGCGGCAAUUUCGAUCAAGAAAAGAAGCUAAACACAGACAGGAGAAUAAUGAGCGGGAGAGACUGGAGGAAAAUGGUAGCAAAGCACAGAGAGAAAGCUCUACCUAUGGACCUUUCCCAGGAAAAGAAUAAAGAUUCUUUGGUUCAUUCAUUUGUGUGUGGCUCAAGACAUCCAAAGAAAUACAGUGAAGUCAAUUACGAUGAACUGCUCUCCAUUAUCAGAGACAAGAAGGGAGAGAGCAAGGAGCAGUCAGCCCGUGUGAGGAGAUUGGCCAGGAGAGGGAGCGACAGGAAGGCAGCUUUGGUUUUAGAAAAACACCGUCAAGCAUGGAUCAAAUCAUGGAAAAAAUUGAAGGAAAAUGCUGACAGUCUUAGCAAUGAAUUAGACGAAUGGCUAACCAUAAGAAUCCUCAAUCAUUCCCAGCUACUCAACGAAUAUAACGUUAUACUUAAGGACUUUACUGAACUCCAGAAGAGCUGGUCUCAAUUUAAGGACAACAUUACAACUGAUAUCACCAACAUUAGGGCAAGACUUUAUAAUGCAAAGAGAUGCAAGUCUUCAGAGAAACCUCAGGUAAAAGAAGAGAUGAGGACAGAGAUUAAUAGAGUGAAGGAACUACAUAAAGAGACCUGGCUUUUACUGGAGGCAGAGUGGAUACUCAUUAAUGAUGAGUUACGACCAAUCAGAAGUGAAAUAAUGACUUAUGCUGAAGGGGAGGCAGUUUUAAAUAGGGGCGUGGCUGAAGAGGUAUGGUUUUUGGAAUGUCCUGAUGAAAGGCUUCGUCAGGUUAUGUCGGAAGAGUUCAAGAGUCUUGAUGAGCAUUAUCAGGCUCAAGCUAAUAAACUAGACUCACAACUGAAAGAGAAACUAUUAAAUGAGUCAUGGUCAUCUGAAGAUGAGAUACACUUUGAUCAUGUUUUUGAUCAAUACCCACCUAAUGAAAGAGGACUCCGUAUUGAUAGAAUGAUGAAAGAAAUGACACACAAAACAAGACAAGAAAUUGUAUCAUAUGAAAUGCAGUACUGUGCUUUAAAGUAUUACAAGAAACAGCUAGGACUAUUGACUAGCUGGUGGAAAGAAAAGAGGAAAGAGCUAAUAGUUAAAACAAAGCAAAUCUAUGCUCAAGCAAUUGAGGAUCAGAGAGAGAGGAAGCAUUUUGAAGAAGAGAAGAUUAGCCAUCAGCAACUGUGCAUGAAACUAGCUGAAAAGGUUUCAAAAUGGAGACGGGAUAUUCUAGCAAGACAAGAGGAAGAAGCAGCUGUGACUGCAAGACGCAUGUACGAGUUAAGAGCCGCAAUGGAAGAGGAGGAGAAGAGAGAGAAAGAGAAGAGAAAAGUGAUAAAGGAGCAGCUUUCACAGUUCCACUCGGAGCAAGAAGGAGCCAAACAAGAGAGAAUUGAACAAGAGAAAGAAAGAUCACUGGCUCUUAGAGAACAAAUAAAAAAGCAACUACUCAUUGAUAGAGAAAGAGCAAUGUAUCGGAGCCAUCUCUAUGAUGUUAAGUUACAAGAGCAAGCAGCAUUAAGAGAAGAGCUUGAGAAAGAGGAUCAGAGGAAAGAAAAACGAUUAGAGAAACUCAGGAGACAAGUUCGGGUUGAAGCAGCUUCUGAUACUGAUAGACUCAUCUCAGAGACCGAGGCUAGUAAAGCUCGUUCAUUCAAGACAGAAGACACUAUGAGCCAUAUCACCAAACCUCUCUUUCCUCUUUACUCCUUCACCUCAGACAAGAUAGUGGAAGAUAAGAGAUUUAAAGUAUCUGAAGCAUUACGGGACAUUGGUCUACUCUCAACUGAAUACGCUCGUGAGAUCAUUGCCAAAAUACCUCCUCCUCUACCUCCAAGACCAGAUCAAGAAUCAACAUUAUUUAAAUGAGCUUCUAUAGUGCAAUGUACAUCACAGCAAAUACAUAAAAUGCACAAUGAAUAAACAGCGGGAAUAACUGGAAAGAUAAACUUGUAAAAUUCACAAUAAAUAUUAUACAGACAGUAAAUAAAUAAACAAAUAAAAUAAAUAAAGCUGACAAUGAAUAAUUCUGAUU